AUCUCUUUCUCUCGCCGGCGGUGGUGAGUGACCGAAGUGCCAUGGAGUCUGGACGGCUUUUCUUUGAUGCCUGUGCUUCUCGCGGGAACACCAACAUGCUCUUCCUCGGCAACACUGAACUCGCUUUCCGAGGGAGAUCGAUGAUGAGCUUGGAGGAAGCCUCAAAGAGGCGACCUUUCUUCACCUCACCGGAUGAACUGUAUGACGAGGAGUAUUAUGAGAAGCAGAUGCCGGAGAAGAAGCAUCGCCUCAGUUCUGAACAGGUCCAUCUGUUGGAGAAGAGCUUUGAGGAAGAGAACAAACUGGAGCCUGAGAGGAAGACCCAGUUGGCCAAGAAGCUGGGAUUGCAACCAAGGCAGGUAGCUGUGUGGUUUCAGAACCGCAGGGCUCGAUGGAAGACCAAACAGCUCGAAAGGGAUUUUGAUGUUCUCAAGUCUUCAUACGAUACCCUACUUUCAUCCUAUGAUUCACUUAUGAAGGAGAAUGAGAAACUCAAAUCUGAGGUGGUAUCCUUAAAUGAGAAGCUUCAAGUUGAAGCUAAAGAGGUGCCUGAGGAACCAUUGUAUGACAAGAAAGUUGAUCCACUUCCGGUAGAAGAUAUAGCUUCAAUUUUCAGCACAAGGGUGGAGGACCACCAGAGCAGUGGAUCUGUUGGAAGUGCAGUGGUGGAUGAGGGUAGUCCACAGCUGGUGGUUGACAGUGUUGAUUCACACUUUCCGGCUGAGAACCCUGGUGGAUGUGUUGGCCCAGUUGAAAGAGUUCAGUCAGAGGAGGAUGAUGGAAGUGAUGAUGGGAGGAGUUACAUGGAUGUGUUUGUGGUAUCUGAAACUGAGAACCAAAACCAUGAGGAAGGAGAGGGAUUGGUUUGGUGGACCAUAUGUAUUAUGUUGGAUAAAUGAUAAUGCAGCAGCAGACAUGAAAUUAGAGGCAUAAUUAAGAGAAGGUAAUGAUAAUAAUAUUGAAUAAUUAGAUGUAUGGUGUGGGCUUGGAUUCCUAGGAGUUGGAGUGUCCUUAAGCCAAGUUUAAUAAUAAAUAAAGUCUAGUAGUAGUAAUUUCGUCUAAUAAUGUCAAGUGUGGGUUAAUGCUUGUACUUCUUCCAAAACUACAGUAAGAUUAUUUAAUGUUUAAGUAUAAAAACAUAGUUAAUUAGUAAGUC